CGGAUUUUAAUGCCGUUUUCAUCAAUAUACAAAGUGAUUCAAGAGGACGGUUUAUACCAUGUAUUAUACAAGGUCAGACGGGCGAACUAACUGACGGAAUGCCAUAUUAUAAAUAAUCCUAUUACAGAAAAAUAAAUUAUAAAGUCAUAUAUAAAAAAAUAAAUUUAAUUUUUAAACUUAAAAAGGCGAAAGUAUUUUUUUAUUUUGUGGAUAAAUUAUCUGCCGUCAGAAUAUUAAAUAUUAAAGCGCUAAACAAGAAAUUUAAUAAUAUAUGAUCUUGGCGCUAAAGAGUAACCACCAAAAAAGAUACCAAAGACUAUAUUGAGCUUCGAUCAACAAUAUUGAGCUAUACGAUACAAGCAUAGACACAAAUAUGUUAACUGGCAGUAUAUUUGUAGAAAAAGCAUAUAAAAGGAAAGAAAAUGCUUCAAUUUUUGACGGCUGCAUUUUGAUAGUUUGGAAUCUUUCAUGGUUAUUUGUAAUUUAACUUUAAAAAAAACAAAACAAAAUUGUUCGAUACUACUGGAAUAAAGUGCCGAUGGCCGAAGAAACUACAAAGGAUGACAACCAGCCGUCUGCUAGUAAAAAAGAAAACCAGAGAACUUCAAUACAAGACCUGUUCAACGACCGACGGAAGUAUGAAGAAAGGCGAGAUGAUCAGAUGUCUAACAGCGAAACCUAUACGUCUGGCUCUUAUUCUACAAGAAGUAGAAUAGGAUUAGUGGACGCAAGACCUGAGGUACCGAAACAACCGAUCGCUAAGAGGGAAGCCAAGACUCUUGAGAGAAAGAAGCGUGGUCGCAAGCCCGGUAGAGUGAACAAGAGACGUAAAUCGCCAACAAGACGCCAGGUAUUGAGGAGGUCGUCGAGGCGUAAAGCGCGUAUUGAGAGAGAUCUAUCAGUGUCCACGAUAUUCAGCAGGCUUUCGUCACAGAGCGAAUGCAAUACGCUCGGAUGUAAGUUCUGCGGUCACCGAUGCUGCCGCAAAAGGUAG